CGCCAGAGGUCUUGCUCCCUCUGUCUCGUAUUCUGCUCGUCCGCCAUCACUGCACCCAACGCCUGGUGUGCUCCAUUCCUCGCGUCUUGCCUCUCUUCCUGCAGCUGUGCUUCCUGGUGAGUGCUCGCGUCUCGCCGUGCCGCGCCUCCGUCCCUCCCUCGCCUUUCUUCCGCGGGUGUUGGUGCCUGCACUGCACUGCACUGCUCGAUUCUGCCGCUGCAACGACAGUAAACAUAUUAUGAAUACGAAGUGAUUUUGUUGAUUUUUUAUUGUUCCCUGCGCUCGUCGUCGUCGGCAGCAGAGGCAGCAGGUCCUGGUGGGCUGGUCUUUGUUGUCGUCUUGUUGCCUCGAGCAACGCCGUCAGGGUCCUCCUCCUCGUCAGCUUCCUUUGCAACCCGAUUUGUUGUUGCUGAAAGUUGAAUGUGUUGGGAAAUUCGUUAUUGAAAUCUGAAUGGAGCUGUCUGCACCUCCGUGUCUUCCAAAAUGCCCUUCAUCCCUGCUUCUCAAAUCUAGGGUUAGGUUUUUUCAGAGGACGCUGAACCCAACAUCCCUACAUUCCAAAGCUUCAAUCUUUUCACUGAAUCACUGCAGUUUCACCCGAAUGGAUCCUCUCAUAAACCUCUCUUGUGCUGCUUUGGUGAGAGACAACAACUCUCCAGCUACAUCAGCUUUGCCAGUUGACUCAGGUGCUAGAAUAGGUGAGGUGAAAAGGGUCACUAAGGAGACUAAUGUCUCAGUCAAAAUAAACCUGGAUGGUUGUGGAGUUGCUGAUAGUAGUACUGGAAUUCCCUUCCUUGAUCAUAUGCUUGAUCAACUUGCUUCACAUGGGCUGUUCGAUGUACAUGUCAAGGCUACAGGUGACACACAUAUUGAUGAUCAUCACACUAACGAAGAUGUUGCUCUUGCUAUUGGAACGGCUUUGCUACAGGCUCUUGGUGAUAGGAAGGGUAUUAAUCGGUUUGGUGACUUCUCUGCUCCACUUGAUGAAGCAUUAAUACACGUUUCACUGGAUUUAUCUGGCCGGCCACAUUUAGGUUAUAAUUUGGACAUCCCUACCCAGAGGGUUGGGACAUAUGACACUCAGUUGGUGGAGCAUUUCUUCCAGUCCUUGGUGAAUACUUCUGGUAUGACACUUCACAUUCGGCAGCUUGCCGGGAAAAACUCCCAUCAUAUUAUUGAGGCAACCUUCAAAGCUUUUGCUAGGGCUCUUCGACAAGCAACAGAGUACGAUCCACGUCGCCGUGGAACAAUACCAAGUUCAAAAGGAGUUUUGUCACGAAGUUAAUUGGAUUGAGCUACUACUAUAUAAGCGGACUUCCAUAGUUCUUCACACUUUCAUCCACAAUGAAGGUGCUUAGAAUAGAUGUCAUAGAUGAUAAGAGCCAGUACUGUUUGCCUGUACUUGUCAUAAAAGUUACUGGCCUCUGUAAACCCAUAUUGUAGCACGCAUUUACUCUUGGAUAUAGAAAUAAAAUUAUUCUUGUAAUGGAACACAUGCUUGUUGCAAGGA